ACCUCUGUGUCCAUCACAUUACAGAUGGGGAAACUGAGGCACAGAGCCGUCAUUUGUUCAGGGUCCUUCAUAGGGCCAGCAGCAACCUGAGGGCAAACCCUGCCUGGCGCAGUGCCCUCAGCCGCAUCAGCGGCUCUCAGCUGCCAGCUGCUUUGCCUGGGCUGCCUCCUGUCCGCACGGAUGUGAUGCUGAGCACAAGGGUGACUGGUUGAUUUGAAACUCACCAUGGUUCUGAGACCAGGUUUGGUUGAUCUGAGUGGUAAUGCAAGCUGAAAGCUUUGCACGUCUCUAACCAAGCUAAUGCCUGUCUUUGUCCUCACAGGGGCUGUGUCAUUGGACCAGCUUUUCAUUUUGAUGUACCUUCUCUCCACUUUGGUGACGUCUCGUUUGGUGAGUGCACCCUGGGCUGGGACCUUGAGUUGAGAGGUCUGUGUGUGGCCAAUGUGGAGCGCUGCAGCAUGAGAACACGCGUCACUUGUGUUCCUCCGCAGCGGCCUUUGGGGUGUUAGACCAGGGCUGCUGGUUGCUUAGGCAGCAUUCGGCCACCAUGAGGUCAAAUGGGAGCAAAGGAAUAGGAAAUGAGUGUGUCCUGGUGUCCCUCAUAGUCUGUCCAGCCCCAGCCUCCUGAUCCUUGGCAGCAGAAUGACUGUGAAAGUCCAUGUCCCAGAAGGGCCCAGGGUAUGGGACUGCAGGAGAAGGGAAUUUGCGCUACAUAGGAGGCUGUAGCUGCUCUGGGUGAAUGUUCCUGAUGCCACAGUUUCCCACCUGACCUUUAGCGUGUGAUAUCACGUAGCACUACAAGGGCACCUUGUUAUCACCAACCAGCGAAUAUGCCCAAACGUUGGAUCUUCAUCAGGCACUGAUGGUCUUGGAGAUGUGGGCUCCAUCCCUGAUGAAAGGCCAGCUCUGCUGACAGAGCCCGUGGCUGAGCAACCAGAGCUUCUCCAUUGAAAUGCAGACUCUGGUUUUGCAUCUCGGUCUCAGAAAAGGUUUUCUACUGAGAUGUUCUCCAGUUUAAGUGCAAAAUCACUUGUGGAUUGAUUGAAGGGCCGUUCUCAUUCUGUGCUCAGGGUGCCUCUGUUCACAGACCUUCUAACAAAACUCACUGCGUUUCUGAGCCACUUCCUCCCCUCCCUACAUCCUCACACUGGCACUUCUUUGUUUCCUUUUGAGAAAAUGAAACAGUAAGAAAUGCACCGGGCAGAAAUAUGGUUAUGUAAUAGGAGACUGGCGCUGCUAAAUCUGAUUUCAUUGACAAGGUCUUUGCAGCUGAAGGCAGCUGUUGGCUGUGCUGAUAACUGCUGUCCGUGUCUGGAGACUUGGGUCCCGUUCGGGGCUGUGAGGUCUGGGUUUGUCCUUUUUGUGUCCCCCGCCUCCCUGCUGGCGUCACUGUCGAUGGCUCAGAUGAGCUCCGUGCUGUGUGUGCAGCUGGUUUCCCUCCCCGCUGCGUUCCAGUGGCACUUGGUCAGCAGCCGUGGGAGAGGACUCCUUCUCGCAGAGCUGCCAGCCAGGCCAGAUGGCCGCUCCAGAGCAGGCUGUGGCCGCUGUCCUGUCUCUGCAGAGCGGCCCGGCCGGGUGUGGCUGUGUCACGUGCAGAAUGGAAAGCUGAUACCUUUGCGGGCAAUAACCAAAGCCAGUGUGCAGCGUGGAUGCCGUGUCCCCAUUUGGUAGGUCAGCUCUGCUGGAAGGCUUCGACAUCUGAGAGAGCACCAGCUUCAUAGAGGAGCACAUUGACCGGCAGGUGUCCCCCAUCGAGAGCUUGCGCCUGAUGUGCCUCCUCUCCAUCACGGAGAACGGUGAGGUGUCUGUCUGCUCUGGGCAGGGAAGGUUGGAUCGGGGGCCCUCCAGCCUGGGUGCAGAGCUCACCCUGCUGCUCCCCACAGGUCUCAUCCCCAAAGAUUACCGGUCCCUGAAAACCCAGUACCUGCAGAGCUACGGGCCUGAGCACUUGUUGACCUUCCACAACCUCAAGCGCAUCGGGCUGCUGACCGAGCAGUCGGCCGCAGAGACGCUGACCGCUGUGGAGAGCAGAGUCAGCAAGCUGGUGACAGACCGUGCUGCCGCUGAGAGCCAGCCCUCUGCCCCUGGGGAGCUGGGAGCACAGCCCUGCCCUGCUGGGAGCUGCUGCUCCAGAGCCGGAUGGAAGCACGCAGCAAAAGUGGACACUGCGGGCACAGAGCUACGAGCAGGGCAGAGCUUUGGCCCAUGGGAGCAGCAGGGCUGGCAGGAAAGAUCACAGAUGCAUUUAAUUCUUUGGCCAGAAAGAGCAAUUUUCCAGCUAGAAGCAAGAAGCUGGGGUUGGUAUGUCCUUGUGGAGCUGCUGCCUUGCCCACGUGCCCGCUGGUGCCAGAGCAGCUCUGGUCACUCUGUGCAGGCUGGGCACCCUCAGAGACACACACGGCACAGGGCCAGAGCUGCUGUGGCAGUGGGGUGGCAGAGGGAGACGAGGGAGCAGAGGGGUUCAAGAAUGGCAGAGAGGUUCCAGAAUGGUAAAGGGCUUUGGGAAUGCCAAAGGGGUUCAGGGGUGCCAGAGGGGUUUGGGAAGGGCAAGGCGGUUCAGGGGUGGAAGAAAGAUUCCAGAAUGCCAGAGGGGCUCAGGAAUUGCAGAGGGGUUUGGGGGUGCCAGAGGGAGUCAGGGGUGGCAGGAAGGUUCAGGAAUGCUUGAGGGAUUCUGGGAUGCCAGAGGGGUUUGCGGGUGGCACAGGGGUUUGGGGAUGGCAGACAGGUUCCAGGGAUGAUAGUUAGCCUUAAAGAUAGCCCUGCCAUGGACAGGGACACCUACCACAAGAGUCCCACAGCUCUGCCCCACGGUGCUGUGGGGCUGAGUCCCACAGCUCUGCCUGAUGGUUCUGCCUCAUGGUGUUGUGGGGCUGUGUCCCGUGGCUCUCCCCCAGGGUUCAAGUUCAUCUUCCUGACCACGGCCAUCACCAACAGCGCCCGGGUGAUGGAGGCCAUGAUGGAGGCCAAGGCCUGAGGCUGCCAAUAAACAGCUCCCCUGUACCGCUCUGGCUCCGGCUCCAGCUCUGCCUUAGGGGUCAUAGAAUCCUGGAAUGGUGUAGGUAGGAAGGGACCUCAAAGCCCAUCAGGGUUCGGCAAGCCCCAUCCAGCCUGGCCUAGAGCACCUCCAACACGAUUUAUUUGAAGAUGAUGGCUUAAAUGGCCUUCAUGGCACAGAAAUGCUCCUAUUGUUCAAGCGGUUGCCCUUUGCUCUUCCACCAGUCUCUUUUUAAGGCAAAUGGCUUCAGUUUAGCGAAAACAAUCGUGCUUUGAGGAACACGGCGACCUGUGUCACCCGUUAAAUGAGAUGAAAGGUGGAAAGAUGGAAUGGCUUGGGUUGGAAGGGACCUUUAAGGCCAUCCAGUGCCACCCCCUGCCUUGGGCAGGGACACUGGAUCCUGUUGCUCCAAGCCCCAUCCAACCUGGCCUUGAACACCUCCGGGGAUGGGGCAGCCAUGGCCCCCCUGGGCAACCUGGGCCAGGGCCUCCCCGCCCUCACGGUGAAGAAUUUCUCCCUAAUGUCUGAUGUAAAUCUUCCCCGUUCACUUUAAAGCCGUUCCCCGCGUAGUGCCGGGUGUCCCGGGACGGUGGGUCCUGCGGGAGAGGCGGGAGGACCGGGGUCCCCUGGGCCAAUGGAGAGAGGGGCGUCCCCGGGUGACCCCUCCCACCCCGCGGCGAAGGAGGAGGGACAUCCCGCGGUGCCCCCUCCACCCCGCGCGCACGGCGCAUGCGCAGCGCGGCCCGAGCGGAGCGGGCGGGAGGGAGGC